AUGGAGGGGGUGGGAAGGUUGUUUGACUUUGAUAUUGAAGUAAAACCAAUCCUUGAGGUUCUUGUUGGUAAAACAGUUGAGCAGGCACUACUUGAGGUCAUGGAAGAGGAAGAACUGUCAAAUCUUCGUGCACAACAGAGGAGAUUCAAAGAACUACGUAAUGCUGAACUUGUUGAGACCCAAAGACUAGAAGAACAGGAAAGACGGCAUAGAGAAGAGAAAGAACGUCGUAUGAAACAACAGGCAGAAGUACUCAGAAAGGAAAAAGAAACCGGUGAAAAGAUAUCAGCGCGUGCCUUUGCCCAGAGUUACCUUGCGGACCUUGUGCCAUCAGUGUUUGGCUCACUAAACGAAAAUGGAUACUUCUAUGAUCCAGUGGAAAGAGACGUAGAAACAUACUUUAUGCCAUGGUUAUUACAGAGAGUGGAGGGUGAAUUAAACCAGAGUGUCAUCUCGAGAACUGUCCUUGAUGCAAUCAUAAGAGAUGUUGUCCGAAGACGCUUUGAAGUAUAUCAUAAGCUCGAAGAAGCUGCUAGACUUGCUGUGGAGCAAGAGGCAGCAGCCAAGGCAGCAGAAGAAAGAAAGAAAGCUGAAGAGAUUGCGGCUAAAGCAGCUGCAGAAGAGGCCAAAGCCCAGGCAGCAGAACAGGGUGAUCAGGAAGGUGAAGCUGAUGGUAGAGAAACAGCUGAUAAACCUGAUGAAGAUAGUGUUGCUGGAGAGGAUGGUAGUGGUGAAGCUGCUCCUGCUGUCACACCAGCAGAAUCAGGACCAAAGGAUCCUGAACCAGCAGAUGAUGCUGAAGCUGAACAAGAAUAAGCAAAGACUGCA